AUGGACACGUCAGAAUUCGUGGAGUUCGCCAAGACGACCAUCGACUUCGUCGCUGAUUAUAACAGGAAUUUGAGAGACCGAGACGUACUUCCCAGUGUGGAGCCGGGCUACCUGAGCAAACUGUUGCCGGAAGAGGCGCCGCAUAAAGCGGAGAAGUGGCAAGAAGUGCUGAAAGAUGUGGAGCAAUACAUCAUGCCGGGAAUGACGCAUUGGAACUCGCCGCAUUUUCACGCGUAUUACCCGACCGGCAAUUCUUAUCCCGCGUUGGUGGGUGAGAUUGUGAGCAACGCGUUCAGUUGCAUCGGUUUCUCGUGGAUAACGUCCCCCGCCUGCACCGAACUCGAGAUGGUCACCUGCAAUUGGCUCGGAAAAAUGUUAGGUCUGCCCAGCGAGUUCCUGAAUUGCAGCGGUGGAUUAGGUGGCGGGGUUAUGCAGGGGUCCGCCAGUGAGUCUACCUUCUUGUGUCUACUGGCUGCAAAAGAAUACACGACGCGUCAGCUAAAAAAUCUUGAUCCGGAGAUGGACGAGGUUCUUAUUAAAUCUAAGCUGGUCGCAUACACUUCCGAUCAAUCGAAUUCGUCGGUGGAGAAGGCAGGAAUGCUCGGAUCGGUGCCAAUGAGACUCUUACCAGUGGACGAUAAGUGCUCUUUGCGCGGAGAAACUUUGAAGAAAGCGUUCGAGGAGGAUUUGGAGAAAGGCCUCAUUCCGUUUUAUGUCGUCUCGACUUUAGGAACAACCAGUACAUGCGCCUUCGACAAUCUCGACGAAAUAGGACCUAUCUGCAAGCAGUACAACGUAUGGCUGCAUAUAGACGCCGCUUACGCAGGUGCGGCGUUCGUCUGUCCCGAAUACCGUCACUUGAUGUCCGGAGUUGAGUACGCGGAUUCCUUCAACAUAAAUGCGCACAAGUGGUUGCUGGUGAAUUUUGACACUUCGGUAUUGUGGGUGAAGGAUUCCAAACGACUCGUGCAGGCGUUCAAUGUUAAGAGGAUAUAUCUUCCUCAAGAGCAGGAAGGACACGUGCCUGACUAUAGACACUGGCAGAUUCCUCUGGGUCGACGCUUCCGUUCGUUAAAACUAUGGUUCGUCUUGCGCAUAUACGGCGUGGAGGGACUUCAGCAGUACAUUAGACACAGCAUCAAGUUAGCACGUCUCUUCGAGAAAUACGUCAGGUCGGACGCCAGAUUUGAAAUAACGACCGAGGCUAUCAUGGGUCUUGUCUGUUUCCGAAUAAAGGGCGAUGACAGUUUGACCAAGGAGCUCUUAGAUCGUCUACUGGCCAGAAAGCGAAUCUAUCUCAUCGCCGGCUCUUAUCAGAAUAGGAUUUUCGUCCGGUUCGUCGUGUGCAGUCGGUACUGUCAGGAAGAAGAUAUCACGUUCGCGUGGGACGAGAUAACCAGCCAAACAGCGGAGAUCUUACAAGAGAAACUCCAUGUCGUGAAAUCGUCGGACGAAAUCGCGACGAGAAUAAAGAUCUUGAAUCUGGCAACGAAGGACAUUUCGCAAAAAAUAUCAUGA